AUGGCUGCCUCCACCCCCGCCCAGUCCCUCGAGCACCGCGCACAGAACGCAGAGCAGGUCGGCGAGCAGAAGCUCCAGGGCCUCGUCCAGGAGGACGCCGACUCCACCGAAUCCGGCCUGCGAUAUGCUGCCUAUCUUCGUCGUGUCAGAGACAUUGUUCGAGCAGGGAGCAGAUACACUGCAUACACCAGCGACGUCGGAGAAGCUUUCCGCCCUGUCGUCCCCCCAUGGGUCGUGACUGCAGCCUACGGUGUAUCGUGGGCCUACCUCAUCGGAGAUGUCUCCUUUACCACCUACAAAUCCUCCCAGCUCGGUCCUUCGCCAUUAGAAGCCGCCAACAUGUCAGAGCCCACCCGUCUCUCCAUGGUGGCUGUGAAAAGGACAGUUUUCCAGGGUGUGGCGUCCAUGGCGUUGCCGGCGUUUACCAUCCACACUGCCGUCAGGUACGCGGGCAGGGCGUUUGCAAAGAGCGCGAACGUAACGGCGAAGAGAUGGGGGCCCACCGUUGUUGGAAUCGGAAUCGUGCCUGCCCUGCCAUAUCUCUUCGAUCACCCGGUCGAGCAAGCUACCGAUGCCGUCUUUGACAAGCUUGAAGAGAGCUUUUUCCGAGGCGGUCCCGUUCCCGAGCCCAAGCGCGAAUUAUAGGAUACAUGAAU